AUGAAGCGACAACCUCGUGACCCCAUUCGCGACAAACUUGUAAAUGAACGUCUAAUUUCAUUGGCUUAUGGACAAAUUGGUAUUAUUCAGGCUUCCGCUGGUUUCUUCACCUAUUUUUGGAUUAUGGCCGAUAACGGCUUCUGGCCUACAGAUCUGUAUCAGCUUCGUGCACAAUGGGAUUCUCGUGCGUACAAUAAUGUUCGCGACUCUUACGGGCAGGAAUGGGGGAUGACAAACUGGACCUUGAACUUUGGUCUAGUAUUUGAAACAGCUCUUGCAUGGUUCAUGUGCUAUUGCCCAGGACUCGAUAAUGGACUACGUAUGUAUGGAUUGAGAUUCUCGUGGUGGUUCUGCGCACUGCCAUUUUCAGUAUUAAUUUUCGUCUACGACGAAGCACGUCGUUUUGCUAUACGACGUUGGCCAGGAGGAUGGGCCGAAAGAGAAACUUAUUAUUAG